CAUCAAAAUGGACGAAAAAGACCGAACAGUAUGGGUUGGAAACCUGUCUGAAAAAGUUACUGAGUCCCUUUUGUACGAACUGUUUUUACAGGCUGGUCCUUUGGAAAAAGUCAAAUUAGCUUUAGACAAGGAUGGAAGAACAAGACGAUAUGCUUUUGUUACAUUCAAACAUGAAUGUUCUGUUCCCUACACCAUAGAACUGAUGAAUGGCAUUGAGCUUUUCGGCAAUAACCUACGUCUACAAACGAGAACAGGGUCCUCGAGUAGUGCGACUUAUGAUGGAGGAAGUGCUGCUCAGUCUGCUCCCUAUAACAGUCAAAUGUCGGGUGGAAACUCGAACGAUAAGAGACCGCCUGUUAACCAACAGUCACCACAUAAUCUACAGAGAUCUUCAACUUGGCAUGGUAACACACAGCAAAGUGGACGGAGUCCAGAUAUAAACUUUAGAAACUUACCUAACAUGCAGCCACAGCCUAUGGUGGCAGCAGUGUCAUUUCAGCAGCGUAGAGAACGAGUUCUACAGCAACAUAACCUACAGGUGGAGAUUCACCGUCAACAGGUCAUACAAAGGAUAGCUACACAACCAAUACCACACUCCAAUCCCUACGGCCGGUCAAGUCGGCCCUGGCAACAAGCUCCAUACAGACGAUACUGAUUCACUCAUGCAUACCCUCAAAUCAGGCCCUGGUAACAAGCUCCAUACAGGCAAUACUGAUUCACUCAUGCAUACCCUCAAAUCAGGCCCUGGUAACAAGCUCCAUACAGGCGAUACUGAUUCACUCAUGCAAACCCUCAAAUCAGGCCUUGGCAACUAGCUCUGUACAAACAAUACUGAUUCACUCCUGCAAACCCUCAAAUCAGGCCUUGGUAACAAGCUCUGUACAGACAAUACUGAUUCACUCCUACAUAACCUCAAAUCAGGCCUUGGUAACAAGCUCUGUACAGCCGAUACUGAUUCACUCCUACAUACCCUCUAAUCAGGCCUUGGUAACAAGCUCUGUACAGACUGCUUAAUACACACAAUUGCCUAUGGCUGCUCAAAUACAUUUUGUGUAAAAAAAAUCCAGUUAUAUUAUUCAUCGUGAGUCAGAGAUUUUUGUAAAACAGUUGAGACUUAAGAAAUUCAGUUACACAAAUAUACUUUGAUUUUACUUUGUUUAACAAAUUUAAUCAUGUACAAUGCAUCAGUUUAUUUUAGUACUGUUUUAAACAUGUUAAAUGUAUUGAUUUUAGCUUUGAAUAAUAAAGGGUAGAAGAUAUAUUGCAGUUAUGUCCCCUUAAUCAAUAAAUACAUGUAUAUAUAUUCAGAACAAGUCUGAGUUCCCUCCAUCUCCUCCAGACUUUCAGAAAUUUUGACAAACUAAUGUCUACAGACAAUGUCCAUCUACUUCUUAAAUCUUGUUUUUUGGAGCAGUGGGGUUAUCUCUAAGCUUGAUAUGAAAAAAAUAUAUUCAAAUGAAGAUAAAAAAAUGUUGUUAAUGAGAA